GCUGGAAGUGUACAUAAGCUGACCACCGAUUGACUGCUCUAUCUCUACAUCGCCCGGCGCUGAGAUAGUCUUGUCCCGUGCAAGUAGCUUACUUUAUCACAAUCUUUCACCCCACAUCAACAAACAUCGUGAUGUUCUCCAACAGGCUCGUUCCAUCCUUCUUGCUUGCCCUUGCUACCACCUUGCCCUUCUCAUACUCUGCCCCAUUCGACGAACAGGUCCAAACGUUGAUCGAGUCACAAAUCGCCGCGUCGAACGAUCACCCGACGCUCGACAUCCGCGUUGACGACGAGUACAGUCAAUUGCAGUCCCAUAAUGCGAACGGAGACGAGGAAGGGCAAAAGAGACCUUACGGACUUCUUGGGCCAGGGGAUGUCGAGUUCAAGUUCUAUGAGCCGGAGGAUUAUAAGCAAGAGACGUUUAGAGUGAGUUACUUUGAACCGCCUGCAACGUCUGCUGGGUACCAGGUGGACGACGCAUAG